AUAAAAGCAAAAUUAGAAUUAGUUGAGUUACGCACUGAGUUACUGCCAAAACUGAUUUCAGCUGGGAGCUAGCCAUCUAAGUGUGAACUGCUUUAGAAGUCACAUUCAGAUCAGACAAAGUUUGUUAGGUCGCAACAAACUCUGUACAAAUUGCCGAAAAAUGUCUACAUUUUGGGGUACUCAUAUACUAUUUUCACUGCUGAUCUGGAGCGCUCUGUCGGAUAAGUCCUCAUCCGAACGAUCUGGCGAAGUGACCACCAUUGCAAAUUGGAGUAUAAAGGCCAGAUCCGUGGACCAGUGCACUCCUGGCAAGGUACAUGUGCUGACAGCAGACAACUUCCUUGAAACCACUGAGGAUGGGACGUUCUUCGUAAAGUUCUAUGAGCCAAACUGUAUGGGCUGCCACGACUUCGAACCUAUCUGGACUGACGUGGCGCAAUCUUUUAAGUCCAGGGCAAACAUUUGUUUUGCUGAGCUCAACUGCAAGUUGGCAAGAACAAUUUGCAAGGAUUAUGAGCUUCGGUUCGAACCCAACCUAAUAUGGCUUGAAAAUGGAGAGGAAAUUCAGCAGUACGACGGGGACUUGACUUCCCCAGGCAUUAAAAUAUUCAUUUGGGAAAUGAUUAGGCUGAAUGAAACCAGAAAAUCCGCUGCCGAAAGGCCAUAUUUUCACACCAAGCCAAUUAUCCUUUUGGGUUGGUUCCUCCUUGCCGGGGGUGUGACUUCGUAUCUUAAAUAAAUAUCUCGCUAAA